AUGUGGGUAGCUUGGAGGUCGUUUUAUAUCGUGUAUAGCUGCGGUAUCCUAGAGCAAUGGGGGUACUUGGAAGCCCCGACGAAUCCAACCACAAGCACAAGUAUCGUGAGGGACUCCACCAACAACUCAACUGGUGUAUCGGAACCUGUCGCCCAACGUGACACUCCCGACGUGGAGACGGGGGAGAAGAGUGACACCUUCAGCACCUCAGAGGCUGAAGAUACUCGCCCAAACCCCCGCGACAGGUACCGGCAUUGUACAUUUUGCAGCGUAUGCGAGAAACCCCGCACAGAACCAAAGGCAGUGGCCAAGUGCGAGGCAUGCCCUCGCAUCUUGUGCCGCAAGUGCGCCGGCCGCGAGGGCGAGACAGUGCCCAAAACGAAGUAUGCGGACGACGUCGUCUUGCCGUUGCAUAAGUGCCUUUGCCAGACGAAGGACUCAGAGUUCCCCGAACCCAAGAAGGGCAAGGACCCGCAGGCUCACCUGCUGAAGCAUCUUUUAAGGCAUGAUUUGUCAGUGAUGUUUCGAGAGCCAGUUGACGUCGAGACCAAUCCGGGAUACCUCGGCGUUGUCACACGUGAGGACAUGAUGGACCUUGGCACCAUGAAAAGGAGAUUGUUAAAGAAGAAGCAGUACCAGUCUCCUCGAGGUCAGCAAAAGUUCAGAACCGAUCUGGAAAAGAUUUGGGUCAACUGCUGGAAGUAUGCUGGCUACAAGCCAGGCAGCAGCGACGACCGCGCCGGUAUUGUAAUGUGUACACUAAUUUUAAAAACCAUGAUCGAGAGGUAUUACGCAGAUUACAUGGAGCAGCAAGAGCUCGUCGUUGAUGAGAGGUCGUGGCAGGCGGGCCGGGAACGCCGGAAGCGAGAGCAGUUCGCCAGGAUUGCCCAUACCCCGCUGAACCCGGCAUUGUGGCCAAAUGGCACCUGUGCCGACCAACUGGAUCCCGUCGAUGGUUCCGACGAGGAAACGGACUCGGACGACGAAAACAUGCGCCUUGGUGACAGCAUUUGCCAUAAGCGUAAGUUCGGGAGUGAUGAUUCCGAAGAGCAAGCAGCUUUGAACACCACUGCACACGCCAGCAUUUCCUCUGCGCCUCUCGUUGACGGUGGUGGGAGCUCCGCCGGCGUUAGGGUUGCGUGCAAUGUGGAAGGCCUUGACCAAAACAUGUGUGCAUUGGCCGCCAUUGGCAAAAAUUUGGGUGGUUCCAGUAGCAAGCGAUGAGGCACGUUGGGGUGUACGCGGCUGUGCUUGCCUGGCGUUUCACGACUUUUGUUCUGAUGCCCGUUAAGGCAGAGCAAUAACCGCUUGAUGGUUCCGGCGUGACUAGUCUGCCAUCCUAUCGCUGACUUGUACUUCGCGUUAUCGAGUGGGUAUUCGGAUUGAUUGCCUUUGUUUUCUGUCGGGUGGAAUAAUUUGGGCUCGUGAUUGCUCUCGGUCGAUGGACCAACUGCUUAUGCAGUCUGGUCGCUGAACAGAUUCA